UCUCGCGUUCAAACGAAAAUAGACUCGACCCGGUUCGUAUUUUGGAGCUACGGCUUCCCGGUGGCCAUGGCGCCGCCGCUGAGAACAACUAGCGCUAUUGCGACUGCGCUCUCCAUAGCGCUUCUCUCGUACCUCCUCUGCAAAAAGACUCGAUCAAAGGCUUCAUCCAAGAAAACCCCCAAAACCCUUUCAGUUAAAAAAGCUAGAAAUGGGCUGGUGGCCGCUAUUGGCAACACCCCUUUGAUCAGAAUCAAUAGCCUUUCUGAUGCCACUGGCUGUGAGAUUUUAGGCAAAGCUGAAUUCUUGAAUCCUGGAGGGAGUGUUAAGGAUAGGGUGGCAGUGAAGAUUAUUGAAGAGGCCUUGGAAUCUGGAGCACUAGCUCAAGGUGGCAUAAUUACAGAAGGAAGUGCUGGAAGCACAGCUAUUAGUCUUGCAACAGUAGCUCCUGCUUUUGGAUGCAAAUGCCACGUAGUCAUCCCUGAUGACGCUGCCAUUGAGAAGUCUCAGAUAUUGGAGGCCUUGGGUGCUACAGUUGAAAGGGUUAGACCAGUGUCAAUUACACACAAGGACCACUUUGUCAAUAUUGCUAGGAGGAGGGCAUUGGAAGCAAAUCAAGUAGCAUUAAAGCAUGGGAAAGGCAACCAAAAUGAAUAUCUAGAUGUCAAACAGAUCAAUGGCUACACAUCAGAUUCAGGAAAGCAAGACCCAAUAUUCUACAGUGACUGCAAAGGUGGCUUUUUUGCAGAUCAAUUUGAGAACCUUGCUAAUUUCAGGGCUCACUAUGAAGGUACUGGGCCUGAGAUAUGGGAUCAGACAGGUGGCAAAUUGGAUGCUUUUAUUGCAGCUGCUGGCACAGGAGGGACUGUAGCUGGUGUCUCAUGCUUUCUCAAGGAGAAGAAUGCCAAUGUCAGGUGUUUUCUCAUAGAUCCGCCUGGUUCUGGUUUGUUCAAUAAGGUGACCAGAGGAGUAAUGUACACAAGAGAGGAGGCUGAAGGACGGAGGUUGAAAAACCCGUUUGAUACCAUAACUGAAGGAAUUGGAAUUAAUAGAUUAACAGAAAAUUUCAAACUGGCAGAAUUAGAUGGGGCUUUCCGAGGCACAGAUUUGGAGGCUGUUGAAAUGUCCAGGUACCUCUUGAAGAAUGACGGCCUCUUUCUCGGGAGUUCUUCUGCUAUGAACUGUGUGGGGGCUGUUAGAGUGGCGCAAGCACUUGGUCCAGGUCACACCAUUGUGACAAUUCUUUGUGACAGUGGGAUGAGGCAUCUUAGUAAGUUUUAUGAUGUUGGAUAUCUCUCUAAAUAUGGUUUGAUGCCUUCAGCUGUAGGAUUGGAGUUUCUUGGUCUCAAAUAAGAUUUUAUAGUGCCAUCAAUCCCUACUUUAUAUGUAUAAUUUUUUUUGUUUUAACCUGCAAAGAAGGUGAGAACAUUAGGCUUGUCAGCAACGGCUUAAGUGCAUAGGCUGCAGCGUCAGCCUUUGUGAUCAAAGUAGUUUUGAGGU